AUGGGUGGUUCGGCUUCCUGCUGUGAUCUUUUCUCUCAACAACGAAGUCACUCGCCCCACAGUAAAACGGCUGAGUCCAUCAAAGAAAAGACCGCUCAUUCCAAGGCUUCAACCCCUUAUCUAAGACCAAUUGGCAUCCGUGAAUAUGGCUCCCCUCCGCUGCAGUUGGGCGGUAUCUCUACCAACCUGGCCAUCUCGAAGGUGGGGGAAAAAGAGCCACAGAUCCGGUCUGGACUUUAAAAGUGUUCCACGUUGAAAAAAAACAGCACCAAAUGAAUGAACGGUUCCAAUGA